UUUAACUCAAUCUGGCUCUCUAACAUAGAAACAAAAAACAGUCAGCAAGUGAAUCAAUUCACAAAGGCAUUUUUUGUUAUUGCUGAAACAAUUUACAUCAGUUAGCAAUAAUGACUGGAAAACACCUUGUGAAUGUGGAAAAAUGGAUUGCAGAGAAUGAAAAAGCCUUUCUGCCACCAGUGUGCAAUAAACUAAUGCAUUUUAGUCAGCUGAACAUCAUGUUUGUUGGAGGUCCCAACACCAGAAAGGACUACCAUAUAGAGGAAGGUGAAGAGCUCUUCUACCAGGUCAAAGGUGACAUGUGUCUGAAGGUGGUUGAGAAUGGCAAACACAAGGAUGUGCAUAUCCGCGAGGGUGAGAUGUUUCUGCUCCCAGCCCGUGUCCCCCACUCCCCCCAGAGACAAGCGAAUACUGUGGGCCUGGUGGUGGAGAGGAGGAGGCUUCGAUCAGAGACAGACUGUUUGAGGUACUAUGUUGAAGGUACGACAGAACCACUUUUUGAGAAAUGGUUCUACUGUGAAGACUUGGGGACGCAGCUGGUGCCAGUUAUCCAGGAGUUUUUUGCGUCGGAGCAGUACAGAACAGGCAAGCCAAAUCCAGAUGAGGUGUUCAGAGAACCUCCAUUUCACAUGAACACCAUGCAUGUGAUGACCCCUUUCAACUUCAGAGAAUGGGUGGACACACAGCGCCCCUCCCUGGUCAACGGACACCCCAUGGACAUGUUCGGGUCCCAGUUUGAGACGGAGACCUUCCUGUAUGGGCCAGGACAAACAGAAGCUUCUAGAAGAGACACAGAUGUCUGGAUUUGGCAACAGGAGGGUGUCUCUCAUGUGAUGGUGGACGGCCAAGAGUUCCAACUUUCCAUGGGUGACAGUCUGCUCAUCCGUGGACACAGCGAGUACCAGUGGAGACGGACUGAGGGGAGCAUUGCCCUCUUUGUGGUUCAGAACCCAGAGAGGAAGCGAACAUGACAGUCUGUGUGACGGCUAAAGAAAGAGGGGCAGAAAUACUGAGCAGAAUCUGUUGCUUCACAGAACAUUACUGUUGGUCCGCCACAGUUAUAAAUACUGUUGAAUAUUAACUUUUGAGAUGAAGUGGUCUUUUCACAAAUGUAGUAAUUUACAUAUGUUUGGUGUUAUAAUCCCUUACAUUUUUGAACACCUCCUGAAGUGUUAAUGGAAAGCAAUGUCUAAUAGCUGAAUUGUAAAUGUGCAUUUAUGCUAUUAUAAAACAGCUUUAUUGCGUUGACAACAAUUGAACAUUGUUAACAUGUAUGAAUAUGGGGUGAUGGUCUAUUGUGUGUUAUCUGUUACCAGCCGGUGCUUUGAAAUCGUCAUUAAAUACAGAAGUUAAAACAAACUUCCUAUUAAACCUCCCAAACAUUAAACCACAUACUAUCACAACGUCUAUCGUUAACAUGCAAAAAAACUGAUGCAACAUGUUACAUUCACUGAACACUAGAGAACAACAGAGACUACUUGUUUCUCUGUUAAGUCCAAACAACAUUAAGUAAGAUCGCCAAAUAAAACAGUCUUUAGGA